AGAAAAAUGUUUUAUUAUUCACAUUUGAAUGCUAGUAGCACCGUAAGGUGUCUUAUUGUGAUAUAAAUCGGAACGCCCCCACUUCACUCGUUCUGUGCUUUAUUCAUUUCUGCCAAAGGUUUCUAGACUGUCCGCUUUCUUGUAGGAUCUCCCGUAAAUGUAGAACAAACAACAGGCGAGAAAAGUCGUAACGCUGAAGUUACAUUUACCGAAGAUAAAUUAAUUUCGUAUAUGGGGUUCUCGGUUACUGUUCCUGCAACAUCUAAUGACAAAGAAACUUCAGUGGCUGUAACCAACAAAGCUCAAAAUGAAACUACAGUCACAGUUUCCACUAGAGACGACAGUAUUUCACACUCAUUCCUAUGCGAUGUUGCUCAUUGUUUGCCAAACACUCUAGAUAAAUUAUCGGAAGAUCACGGGAGCAAUAAUGAUGCUGACAGUGAUGUUGGCAAGAAUUUUAUGGUGACGUAAGCAGUUACUGGAAAAGGAAGUCUAAACCACAUCCUGAAGAUUGGAAGAAAAUUGCCAAUAAAAUUAUGAGAAUGCGUGGACAGGCGUAUAUUGUAUACAGAAGAAGUCGAAUUGGUAAAAUCACUCAUGAUACUCCAAGAGGGGCACGAAAAUUAGGUCCAACAUGUAAAUCGAAGAUGUGCCAGAAAUCCGUUCAAAGGAAGUGUCAUCAGUUUUCUAUUGAUGAUAGGCAGGCAGUAUUUAACACAUUUUGGGAAACGAUGUCGUGGGGUCAGAGGAAGGUUUACGUUACCAACCUUGUGGACACAAUUCCAACCAAACGUCCAGGGAAGAACACCGGCGAAUCCAGGAGAAAAGGGACGCUCAUUUAUCAUUUGAUAAAUGAGAUGGAGAAACAUAAAGUAUGCAAAAAGAUAUUUCUCAAUUCUCUUGGGAUUAAAGAAUGGACUGUUCGAUAUUGGAUGGGUAAUUCCACACAUGGGAUGAGUCCUGAUACAGAAUCGUCACGACCUCGAAUCAAACAGACGAAGAAGAAAGAUGAGAGAACCUUCAUGAAAGAAUUCCUGGAGUCUCUUCCGAAACUUCCGUCGCAUUACUGCAGGAAAUCCUCAUCGAAGUUGUACCUUAAGCCUGUUCUGCAAUCGAAACAACUGUGUAGACUCUAUAUGGAAAAAUGUCAUGCGGAGAAGGUUUCACCAUUAAGUCUGGCUACCCUUCACUUGAUUUUGGAAGAUGGUGAUAUUAGCUUGUUUUCCCCCAAGAGAGACCAGUGCGACUUGUGUUAUAGUUGCAGGCUUGGUAAGUUGAGUGAAGACAUGUGGAAGCAACACACAGAACGGAAAGAGCAGGCAAGGAUGCAAAAAGAUACUGACAAGAAAAAUCCCCAGCAGAAGCUCUGCUCAGUGUACACCAUGGACUUACAGGCCGUGAAAGUAGCCCCAUUUUUAAGUGCAAGUGCAGUUUAUUAUAAAACAAAGUUGGCUGUUUAUAACUGUACAAUGUAUAAUUUACAAAGUCGUGAUGCAGUAUGCUACUGGUUCGAUGAAACGCAAGGUGAUUUGGUUGCAUCAUGUUUUGCCUCAUGCAUUGUGGACACCCUGUCCAGAACGAUUAAGUAAAAUCCCAUUCAAGUCAUUCUGUAUUCUGACGGCUGCACAUAUCAGAAUAGAAAUGUGAUAUUAUCAAAUGCUCUUUUAAGAUUAGCAGUUGGUACUGGAGUAUUGGUUACACAAAAGUUUUUGGAGAAAGGCCAUACGCAGAUGGAAUGUGACUCAGUUCACAGAUCCAUUGAGUACAAGCUUAAA